AUGUGGCGCAAAUGCCUUCUUGUGCAGCUUCCUCUAUGGUGCCACCAGGCAGCUUCAGCGCAAUGGGACUUCAACUCGACUUGUUGCAGUGCUCCGCGACAACUCGCAGCAAUCCCUGCUGGGCACAUUGUGGGCGGUGCAAGAAGCAACCUUCUGGAUUCAGCUGCUGGGGCCGUGACUGCAAUGAGCUACUCCAGCCAGUGGGACUUGCUAUUCGUGGGCGGUGACAUUGGCACGUUGCAGGCCUUCCGAGGUUCAGACUUGGCCAUUGCUCUGGGUGGUAACGUCGGUAGCCGUGUGACAUCUGUGACAUACGAUCACGACAAUGGAGAGGUCGUGGCUGGUGGGCUAAACGGGCGAGUGGUCUUCAUGCAGGUUUCUACAUUGCAGUCCGUAGCUAAUGUUGACGAGAAUUCGGGCGGAAGCCAAGUCAACUCUGUAGCAUUUGUGGCCUAUUCAGAUGAUGUUUCGACCUACAGUGAAGUUGCAAGCUGUAGCUAUUUCAAUUCCAACAUCCGCUUGUGGAGCAUGAGCGCAAAAGCGGUCACACGGGAGCUGUUGGGCCACAGCAACGUGGUGUUGGCUUUGAAGCCGUUAGAUGGCCUUCAAAUGUUGAGCAGCGGGUCGAUUGACGGGUUCUUGGGGCUUUGGUCACUGCCCUUGGCAAAACUGCAAGCAGACGGCAGGAUUUGUUCAGGAAGUACUUUCGUGCCGUUGCCGACUUCGUACCUGUUGGAAGAUUGCAUUUCAGCGGCAUUGCAACAAGCUUCCCCGGGAGGAGGAGACUUUUUCGUAUAUGGGCAAGUUGGAAGCACCUCUGCCAAUGAAUGCCAACUUCUUCAAAACGUGGGUGCAUGCGACACGCUUCUUGUGGCACCGUACACGAUGUACCGGUUUGAGCUGCCUCUGAAGCAUUUGUUCAAGGCCCAUGACGGUGCCAUUCGUGCAAUCGAAUCCCUUCCUGACCAGGGAGGUUUAGUGGCAAGUGCGGGAGAUGACGGGGCUAUCCAUGCAUGGAGCCCCAACACGGGCCUGAAGGUGCGCGACUUUGGGUCUGGGUCUGGCCAGUCAGCACUGAAUCAUGGCAUCAAUUCUAUAGCAUAUUCGAACACACUCGGUGCGCUUGUGGCAGCCACCUUGCAGCAAUUGGCAUUCUUCGACGCCUCCACCGGGCAACUGCUAACUAUCAUCACCCGAUCAACAACUUCUCCCGCACUUUCGCUGAGCAUGGAUACCUGGGGCCUUGUGCUGUCGAGCCGUGGGACAGACAUUGAAGUCUGGCCACAAUUAACACGUUGUCCGGAUGGCUCAUUCCCAAGUUCGACAAGUCAAUGCGAUCCCUGCCCAGCUGGUCGCGCUGGCACUGAUGGUUUCUGCAAUCAGGUGUGUGGAAGUGGUAGCCAGAGCACUGGAACGACAUGCGAACUUUGCGGUGCGGGCCAAGCAGGAGAUGGACAGAGCUGUACCGAUUGUCCGUUAGGUGAGUUCCAGGACCAGCCUGGGCAAGUGAAUUGCAAGCAAUGCCCUCGUGGCUCCGCCCAGCCAAACACCGGGCAGACGAACUGCAUCGCGUGCGAGGAUAACUCGGCAGCCCCAUCUGUGGGCUCUGAGUUGUGCCAGGAGUGCCCGGAUGGAACCGAACCCAGUACAGACCAUUCGGAUUGCUUGACCUGCUCGCAAGGUACAGCUGGUCAGAAUGGUGUAUGCAAUCAGUGCCAAGAUGGAGAGCAGAAUUCACCUGAUUUCACCUUGUGUGCUCCAUGUCCAACAGGCAUGUUUGGUACCAAUGGCUUCUGCUCACCGUGUCCUGAUGGUGCCCAACCGGACUCCACAAGGUCGGCUUGCGUUCCAUGUUCCAGUGGAUUCGCUGGAACUGCUGGCGUCUGCGCCCGUUGCCCUCCGGGGGAAGAGCCAGACGCUGCCGCCGCGAUAUGCAUCGCCUGUUCGACAGGAAGAGCCGGUUCAAACGGCACCUGUGCCAACUGUCCUCUCGGCAUGGUGGCCAGCUUGAAUCGCUCGGUCUGCGAACUUUGUUCAGAUGGACAAGCAGCUGUGAAGGGUGUGUGCCAAGUGUGUCCAGAUGGAAGCCUUGUGGCGGAGAACCGGUCCGCGUGCCUGGAUUGUCCGGAUGGCUAUGCAGGGACUGGUGGUUUGUGCGAUCUCUGCCCAGAGGGGACCGGUGCCAGCGCGGACCGGUCCUUCUGCGAAGAUUGUGCAGAAGGCUUCUUCGGUCUGGGCGGCUCUUGCACUAUCUGUCCCAAUGGAACGGAGCCAGUACUUGGACAGAACGUUUCUUGCGGUCCGUGCCCACCAACAACUGCUGGCACGCUCGGAGUCUGCAUGCAAUGCCCGGAUGGUACGCAGCAGAAUGCCGAGCGUACCGCAUGCGAGAGCUGCCCAGUUGGCACGGCGGGGACUGGUGGCAGCUGCAGCGUCUGCCGCUAUCCCUUGAUGCAGGACGUAAAUGGGACUUCGUGCACGGAGCAGUCUGCACGAGCACGUCUUCUGUAUGGAGCAUCGCGCUGCAGCGAGCACAGCUGCAGGGCCCACUUCUACGAUUCUGACCUGCUCUACUGCUGCCCCACUCCCAGAGGGUUCCCACUGGCUUGUUGCGACUCUGAGGUCAGCGCACUGGCGACGCUGUCUGCCACAGGUGCCGAUUUCGUUGUCAGCUAUAGCUCGCCACCAAUCUUUGCAGCAACGGCAGCUGUUACGCAACUGCUGACGUGCCUAUGGAUUUGCCAUAUCUGGAAAUCCGAGUCGUGGGCGGACUGGCGUGAGAACGUGGACAUGCCCUUCGUCGGGGCUGCGGCAGCGCUGAUUUGCGUGUGUUUGCACUCGAUGGGACUGCUGUGGAUUCUUGGAGCUGGAUUGGUGAUCAUUGCUCCAUCCACUGCUCUGAGCAUCCUUCUAUUUGCAGGUGUGCAUCGUUCGGCCUGCCGUGCAGUAAACGGGAUCGAACCGAUGGCUCGGAGCCGGGCGAUGAAGAAAGCCCGUGCUCUUCUCUAUGCUGUCGGGUCAACGAUGAUGUCCGUUGUGAAGCUUCUAGGCGACUGGAUCGUCGUCCAUUUCUUGCUGGUGGACUUUGCGUCCGUGCUGCAAGCCGUGACGAGCUCCCAGUUCAUCUUGAAGGACGCCUUGUUUAGGCCGAUGCCUUAUGAGUACGUCGUGGCCAUUCUACCGGUGCCUGAUCUUAUCAGAUAUCCAGUUAUGCUGGCCGUGCGGCUCCUCUGGUCACUGCAGGUCGCGAUAUCAAACCUGCCGAUGCAAGUCGCCCUUCACUCAACAAGCGAAGCCGGAAUCAUGGCAGCUGCGGCAAUGACGUAUGCAACGACCACUUUCAGUUAUGUUGUGCUCGCAUCGGACUUACCCGCACGCCUGGUUGCCGCCAAGCAGUGUGUGGUUGUGGGUGAUUUGGGACUGGUGGCUCAGGCUGCGCGGCUCCUCGCACUAGGUGGCCUGGAAGUCCUCCUUGACGUAGUGCUUCGCGUGGCUGGUGGCUGGCCGGCAAGGUUGCUGCCCUUCGUCGCCACGCUCCUGUUGGUGCCACCAGACGGUGUUGCUGCUUGGACUCCAGGCCUACCUCUCGCUCUCGCACUCUUCUGUACAGUGAUAGCUCAAAUAUAUUCUCUGUGCAUCUGGGUGUGGCUAAUCGGCAGCUCAAGGCAGACGACUCACAUGGGAAAUCCACCGAGAUUUCUGGCGAGCUUGCUUGCAUGUGUCACUCGCGAUCGCCUGCUCCAUUUUGAGGAGGAGCGGGUCGAAGAGUAUCUGAUCUGUGCCGUGCUCCGGGCACUCGGGCUGUGGGAAAAAGAAGAAGAUGAGGAAGGGCCUCCGAGUGCCGUGUCCAGUCCUCGAAGUCCGCGAUCAGACCGCGGAAGUCCGAGAUCUGCUCGCAGCCCGCGCAGUCCCGGAGCCAAGCAGGAAUCUGGCCGCUCGAGCCCGGGCCGUGGAAGUCCAAGGAUUAAGGGCCCCAGCGGGCUGAAGCUAAAGAAGAAUCUGGGCUCGGUCACGACCCUGUUGCGAAGAGCUACUCGCGGAGACAGUCCCAGCAACAGUCCGAACAGCAGCCCAAGAAGUCCGAGAUCUGAUGGUGCUCCAAGCUCUGGACCAGGACUUACCACGGCGAGACUGCAUCAGACACCGGCUCGUUUUGCCCGCCUUGCUGACGGAACGCGUGUGGACAUUGCGACAGUUCGCAAGGUGGAAAGCCCGGGCAGGUCUGGCAGGAACCAAAGUCCAAGAAGUCCCGGAAGGGGUUUCAGUCCAAGAAGCCCCGGCAGAGGUGCCAGCCCACGGAAUGAUGCUGCGAAGGGUGCUGAUUCAACAAGACGCGGCAUGCGAGUGAACGAUGAUUGGAAAGUUCAAGUUUCUCCAGAUGAACUUGAGCCCGGCGAUGGAGAACAUCCCUCACAGAGGCCGCGAAGGUGCUAUAGACACUGCAGAUGUGUAUGUGAUGCGGUGAGAUCCUGUCUGAGGCGUGUUUGCUCGCCCUGUGUGCGAUUUGUGAAGGGAUAUUGGCCGAAGAGACGCUUGAACAAGCACCACAGGCAAGGGCUGACACGCAGAGGCCUUCUCGUGGACAAGCUGCGUGAGCUUGGGAAGACUGGUGCUCUAAUCGACAUGUGGGAGGACAUUGCCGAACUCGGAGGAAAGCAAGUGGAUGUCAUACAGCUGGCCGUCUUGCCGCGGCCCCUCUACAACGCAGUGCCCAAGCCAAAGGUGCAUCUGUGGCUUCGCCAACCGUGGCUACGGCUCUAUGAGUCGUCAAAGGUUUGUGUGUUUACCGUCCUCGGCCUGUGGAAGGAGGGAGCAAACCUAUCCCCGUUGCGAGUCCGGUGGCGUUGCCGCGAGCUCGUCAAACAGGCUGGUCGAGGUUACUUGGACCAGGAGGACUACACAACGACCCAAAUUUCAACGGCCGCAACAGUGGGGAUGCUUUUGCUUUGGCUGCCUGGCUGUGCUAUCCUGUCACUUCCAGCGAGGUACUGUAACUGGCCUCCUCUUCGGAACAUGGACAGCAGUUUGGACAUCGCGAAGCACAGGAUCCAGGAUUACGUGAACAACGGCCUCAGCUACAAGGAAGCAGAAGUGGCCUUGCGCAAGUACCUGACAGCCGGAGAGAAGAACUUGAAGUUCCGUGUGCGUUUCCUGGCCCGCGCCAGAAGACUUCAGAAGAUGCUCAGCGUGGUCAUGACAUUUUGCAUGCUCGCUUUGGUCAGUCCCAUCACCAUGGGAGAUGGAGUGACCUGGGCCGCGCCCCUUUUCUUUCUUCUUCUCUUCACCCUUGCGGCAGUCCAUGCGGCCUUGGAUCGGCUUCUGAUUCCAUGGCUGUCGCCAGUGAAGAUAACCAUGCUCUCGGUUUUGAGAGAGACAGCCGAUGAGAUUUCUCUGAUGGAGAAGGUUCUCGAAGCUUACAGGAGUUUUCCUCAGGAGGAAGUGGAGAGCUCCGAGGACGGCGAGGAAUCCUCUGACUAUUCUUCAGCAAAUGAGUCUUUCUUGGAUGAAGAUCCAUCAUCUCAGAACCUGCCGGAAGUCCUCGGCUCCAAGAAGGUGAAGAUCUUGGUGAGACCGAAAGCUCUGCGACUCCGCAUGCGCUAUGAACUCAUGCGCUCCCUACCUGCCAGUGGCGAUCACCUACUGCGAUAUCAGCGUGAAGAGCCGCUGAAAUACGGGCGUCUGCUGCGCAUUCCUGGGCUGUUACCCCCGAUUCCUCGUCGCGGCCCAAGAUCCCGAAAGACGAGGAAGAUACAGGAAGACCUUCGUCAGCCGAAGAGCGCCGCGCGCGAGGCACGAACUGUGAGCUUCUCGCCAACCUUGGAGAGCGACUGGAGCUACAAGGAGUCGCUAUUCCGGCUGCGACGGAGCCACUCGCUGGGGACCGGCGUGGCCUUCGAGAACAAGCCGGAGGAAAGAGAGCCUAGAGACCACUGGGACCUCCACUCCGACAUCUUUGAUGAACACUCGCGCUCUGGCAUCCCAUGGAUGCCCAAAGUAUCCGAGCGAAUGCCCGAAAGGGGCCUGGUGGACCAAUUUGAGAUGGUGGGAACAUUUAAACCUCACAUUCAAUCUCGGUCCAUCAAGGAGGUCGCGCUGAACGGGCUCAUAGCCGACACACGACUAGGCGAUAGACUCUGGAAGACGCUGGCAGCUGUGGCCGGCACGGAGACCGUGCCCGGAGCUUCUUUUCAGUGCACGAACUGCUCCUCACUUCAGCGCUUGAAAGCAUCAAGGUCGCAAGACAUAUGGCAGCAGCCAGUUGAUGAAGCUCUGGAGGUAAGAGCCCUGCGACAAACAGCGCGUGUGCACAACUUGCUGCCUGCCGCUGUGACAGGCGACGCCUUUUUGGCAAAGAAUGCCGAGCUCUUCAGGAGCCCAAAGGCCGGUGAUAGACGGGACGCGGCGUUCGAUGCCCUGGUCGAGCAGACUGGCGGCAGGAUUCCUGUCUCUCAGCUGCUGAAUGUUGUCGCCGAUGCUGGAGGGGUACCGCAUGUCUUGAAGGCGCUUGGGUCUGUACAGCUAUCCCAGGUUUGCGACUUUCUGGACGCACUGCGAAGUGGAGGUGGGCAGUUCCAGGAUCUGACAAAGCUAACUGCAAUGGUCGGACAGGUUGGAGGAUUGACUCGGCUCGUCCGAACUUUGGAAAAGCUGAAGGAUGUGAGCCGGCUUACAGACAUCAUCCAGUACGGGGAUUCAGUCUUGAGGCAGGGGCUCCUAGACUCUGAAGAUCAGAGCCGCUCCAGCCAUCCUGCAAUACUGGGAAAGGUUCUGGGCGACAUGGAUUCAGAAACUUUUCUGGAGGUCUUCGACACCGUAAAGCUCUCUUCUAUUGCAGACCUGGUGCCUCUCCUGGUUUCAGCGGGAGUGCUCCGUAGCCGUGGUCAGCACCAGACAGAGGAGGAGGUGGCUGCUGCGGGGGAGUCUGCACUGCGAUGGUUGGCACGAGCUGGCGGUGCCUUCCUCGUCAGUGCCGCUGUCUAUCCAGUCCCAGCGAGGUCUUUCCUCAAAGUGAUGGAGCAGGUGAACAGUUGCGGCCUUGGCCGACUACGGCAACCAAGCCUGGUGAAGGUCGGCAGCUGGCUCACGCAGCUUUCGCGACGUCUGGGUUCCUUGGAGACACUUGUGGAUAUGGUCGGGAAAACGGACCUGAUCGGUGUCGUCUCGUGCUUGAACUUGACCCGCCUGGCGAAUCCUGCUGAACGCGAGGUGCUGGAAGAUACGGUUACCGAUGCGGUCUCUUCGACAGUUGGCGCCAUCGAGACAGGAUCCAGUGUCGGUGGGGCAAACGAAUCUUUGGUUUGCAUCUUGCCUGGGCCAGCCACGAUAGAACAAGCCGCUCCGAUCCAAAACAUGCUGAAGGAGCUCCUACAGAUUGCCAGAGGGACUGGACUGGAAGGGAUCACCAGGUUAAUGCACCUUUUCCACAAGGCAGACAGUUUAGAACGACUGGAGCGAGGUGUGGAAUUUCUUGGUGCUGCGAGGCUUCUCAAGCCCAAGAGCGAAGUGCCGGCGCCAGCCGCCCGAGCGCGCGAGAGUUCCGAUGAUCCGGACCUGGAGAGUCAAUCGGAAGGCCAGGCUCCGGCGGCCGAGGUCUCGGCCGAGAGGGCCGAGCCCGUGAACUUGGACCCGGAUUUCGAGCCCUGGGAGAACUUGGUUACAUUGGCGAACAGCUUCGGAGGACCGGACAAUAUAUGUCAACGCGUAGAGGCAACCAACAUCAAGCACUUCGAGGAGUGUCUCGAUGUUCUCCACGAAGCGGGACUUACACAAAAGUCAUUUAAGCUGGAAGAUGGAGGUCCAUCAGCAGCCCAGAUCCAGACCUGGAAGAAGGUCAUUGCUUUGCUUUCUUCUAAUGGCGGCCCUCGUUUGUUUCUUGACAGUUUGGAAGGAGUAGCUGCCGAGGACUUUCUUCACAUGGUCGGCCUCUUGCGACGAGCCGGGCUCGCACGCCCUGUGGAUGGCAUGGAUGGCACGGAAGAGUCGCCGCGCUUCUGCUUUGGCCAUGGAGAGGAUGCAGGUCGCAUUCGCAACGCCAUGCUGCACGAGUUUGUCGAGCGAGUGGUGCAGGCGGGUGGCUUCCAUGCCUUCUGGCACGCUCUCAAGGGAGUGGAUCUCGCAAAGCUCAAAGGGGACUUGCACUGUUUGGCUGUAAUACGGCGCAAGCUCAACGAGCUUACUUCGAAGGACUGGUGGCUGGCGGUUCAUGAUGCAGAGAAGCUGGAGGAUUUAUUGCAUUCGCACCUGGAAGAAAGGAAGCGCCGAGGAGACGAUCUUACCUUGAGGCAGCGCCAGCGCCUCGUGAAGCGCUUCAAGGAGGUUGGAGGUGUCGAGAACUUCCUCGACAAAUUCGAGAAAAUCAACCUGUCUCAGCUUAUUCGGCAACACGAGGCCCUCGAGAAGGCACGCAUCAAGCGUGUGUCUGUCAUCGAAGCCCUGGCAGAGAUCGGAUGGCUGGUGAAGCACGAGGUUGAACACCUGGAAGGGCUCUACACAGUUGCGCAAACCCUGGUGCGCUGGAGCGACAGGCACUACAGAGGUGCCGAGCCUUCUCGGCUUUGGAGGGUGCUCGCGGAUCAAGUGGCUUGGCUGCUUUCGGCGAUUGAAGAGAACGGCACUCUGCUGAAGGCCACCAUCAAUCAAGGCAGCAAGAAUCCCGCGAAAGAGCCUGAAUUGACACCAGCCCGCCUCGCGCAGUUUCUGCAAGCCUUGCGGCCCAUGGGUGGUGUCACUGGCUUCCUGACGGCCUUCCGCGGCCUGGAUUUUGCCACCGCAGCAAUCCAGGCUAGGAUCCUGCACGACUCUUGUGUGCGCAGUUCAGAGACCACACGGCGAUUGUCCGGCAUUUACCGGCUAUUGCACUACAACCCUGCCCACCUUCGUGGCUUGGAGCACUUCCUGCGUGGCUUCGCUGGGCCUGUUCUUGCCGAGGCUCAAGCGCAGGGCGGCUCCGCACAGGAUCGCCUGCGUGCUGCUGAACGCUGGCAGCGUCUGACCUCAUUUCUUGCUAUGGCAGCAGGGCGCACUAGUGGAGGCACGGAGGAGUCCAGCCAGUCCUGUUCGGGGCCUGAGAGGGCACUGGAGGUGUUGCAGUUGGGGCUACAACUGAGUCAAGCGGUCGGGCUCAAGGUAGCAGCACAGGAUGGGAAGGAACCCAUCUACAUGCGGGCUUCCAUCUACGACUCUUCGGGUGUCCUUGCAGAAGUUGACAAGGCUUCGAUGGCGGCCGUGUCCAGGAAGGUCGCGUCGCUGCAGCUUUUCGGUGGUGCUUUCAGCCCGCUGCUUUACGCCACCUUGACAGGACUACUGCUGGGAAACACUGUUCUCGCCAAGGGCAACUCUUUGACUCGAGAGGUGCGGCCGAUGCUGAAACCAGGCGUGGCCUUUGCCAAAGCUCGAUUGCUACGCCUUGGGAUCAUUUUGUACGGUUUCAACGUGUCGGUGCAGCAGAUCUUGACCAUGGGUCCUGGGAGUUUUUGCUCAGCCCUGGCUAUGGCGUUCUCUACGCUUGCCGUGGGCGUGAUCGCGGGCGAAGUGCUGCGGGUGGACAGAUCUGUUUCUUUGCUUGUGGCCACGGGUGCAUCGAUUUGUGGCGUUUCGGCGGUCAUGGCAGCAGCGCCAGUCGUUGAGAAGGAGGGGGCAUCCGGCUCAAAAGUCUCAGUUGCUUUGGCAACUGUUAUGGUAUUUGGGAUCACCUCUAUGUUCCUGUAUCCGAUCAUGUGGCCGAUACUUCCCGGACCAUUGUCUGCAAAGGCCAUGGGAAUUUACACAGGUGCCACCGUCUACGAGGUCGCCGGCGUUGUGGCCGCUGGCCAUGCGAUGUCGCCCAGUGUGGCCUCUGCGGCCCUGCUGACCAAAUUGGUGCGGGUGCUGCUGUUGGCCCCCUACCUCUUCAUCGUCAGCAGGCUGGCUGAAGGUGGUUCCGCGAGUAUUCAAACUCCUUGGUUCGCGUUCGCCUUCUUUGGCGUGUGUGUGAUGUCUUCGUAUCUGCCUUUGCCUCCUGAACUUGCCGUGAAAGCGACGCAAGUCGGUUCCUGGUGCACUGCGCUGGCCAUGGUCGGACUAGGUUUGGAGAGCGAUGCUGCCGCCAUCAAGAAGAUGGGAUGGCGCCCGAUGCUGCUGGCGAGUGUUCUUUUCCUGUACUUGGUAUGCGGUGGAUUUCUCGCUAUCAGCGGAAUCCUGCGGUUGCUUCCAGUGUAG